AUGUGGAGGCCGGGGCCGGCGCGCUCUGCGGUGUGGGGCCUGCGCGAGGCCGCGGGGCUCCGGCGGGCGCGCGGGCCGCUCGGGGGACCGGCCGCCUCCUGCCGCCAGCCGGAUUCUCAUCUGCAACAAUUAGACCAUGUUCUAAAGGUUAAAAACAGAAGUGUUCAGUUUAUUAAUUUAAGAAAUGCAGGAACUUUGAAUGACAAAAGUUCUUUAGAUGAGCCUACUUAUGAAAAACUUGCUGAAGAAACACUGGACUCGUUAGCAGACUUCUUUGAGGAUCUAGCAGACAAGCCUUUUACACCUGAAGAUUACGAUGUCUCCUUUGGGAAUGGAGUUUUAACAGCUAAACUAGGUGGAGACAUGGGAACCUAUGUAAUCAACAGACAGACACCGAACAAGCAGAUUUGGCUGUCCUCUCCUACUAGUGGGCCCAAACGUUAUGACUGGACUGGAAGAAACUGGGUGUAUUCUCAUGAUGGAGUAUCCCUUCACGAACUACUAGCAGUGGAACUCUCAGCAGCAUUGAAAACUAAAAUAGACUUAUCUCCCUUAGUAUACUCUGGAAAAGGUGAUACUUGAUCAUUGUCUACCUCGAAGAAAUCAAAAGACAUUGUCCUGUUGCCCCUCUUUGAUGUAUAGUUCCUAAGGUUAACACCUUGUCCUACUUUUGUCUUCAUUUUUUGAUUCAACUUCGCUAUGUUGUGUAACAAUAAUGUGAACCUAAUAUAUUUUUCUUAGCUCUGCGUGUUUAGGUUUAUGUGUUAGUGUGUGGAUUUGUGUUUGUUAUAUGGAUUUUUUUGUGUCACUGCUUCCAAAAUUCAUAGCUAAGAGUAUGGUAUUGGACACUGGUUGCCUCAGCUAUGUUCUGACUGGUUGGUUGGUGAUUCAUCGGUAGUGCACAGAUAGGAUCUCAAGACCAAAGAAAACUCUGCUACAUAUCUUAGGCCAUAUUGUGGAACCGUUACCCAGGUUCCACUGAAAUCAAUUAGGUGAACUGGGGGGAGUAAGGUAAUAUUCUGUGUAAGAGUCUAUUGUGUUUAAAAGAAAAUGAGGGAAGAGAAGAAAUUUUUCUAUAACAGGUGUAAUAGGAAUUUUCUUCUUAAAAUAUCACAGGAUUUAAUCUGAAAUCCACAUUUCUGCCUUUGCCCCUUCAGACUUAUCCUUUUAAGCUAAGCUUCCAGCCCUGCUAUCAGCAGGGGUCCAAUAGGUACAUGGAGCUGAAAAAAGUGUUUGAUUUAGUUUAAAUGUCUAACGAUACAUUCACAGUUGUAGAGAAAGGGAUUUAUAACCUUUUCUCUAUUUCCUUUUCCUAUGUGUCUUCAUAGAGUAAGCAUACAUUGCAUAAAUAUAUAACUCUUUAUUAUUAUUAUUAUUAUUUAUUAUUAAGCAAAGUGAGGAUGUUCUGUUCCAACAGCAAUAAGCCAUGCCAAUUUUUGCAUUGGCAUAGCUCAUGCUGCACUUCUCAUGUAGUUGAAGUGAGGCACAAGGCCAAAGGCAAAGUGACAAUGCAAGGCUCACACUGAUGCAAACCUUGUUGUGUUGUUGCUACAUUCUUAGAACUGAGACGCUGGAGUCUUCUGACUAGCUGAGAAAUAAAAAGAAACGAGGACAAAAAUAGGUGAUUCACUCUACACAUUACACCAAAUAACUUGUAAAAAAAAUAAUUUAAUAAGUGACAUGCAAAUGUGUGCCGCUAUAAAAUUUGCCUUACCGUAACAUUACCAUUAUUUCUUUUAAAAAAUUAUAUAUAAAAAGGGAGCCCAAAUUUGCUGUCAGGUUUGAAAGACUGAGCCACAUUUAUGUAAGCUUUUAGCAUUACAUUAAAAGAGGCCUGGUACGGAUUUUGAAAUGCAACGUUUUCUUGGGUUCUGAGUUCCCCAGACAACUUCCUUGUGUUUAGAAUGACAUGGCUGCCUGGUUGGUUAAUAUGUUACUGAUAUAAUGUGUUAUUGAAAUAUAUCGAAUAAGUAUUCUUAGGUGGUAUUGUCUAUUAUUUAGGAUUAAAAUUGAAUUCUUGAUACCAACUCUUGGCCACUAUUAAUUAAAAUAUGAAAUAACAUCUCAUUGGAGCCAGUUCUGGAUUAGAUUCUGUGCUAUGUAUGUGUAUGUUUCAGCCAAAGGAAAAAGGGAGUCAGUCACCUGAAACCUUCUCUGAUAAAUUACUUCUGAAAUCAAGGAAAUACAGUGAGGGCUACCAGUAUGAGUUGGUGAGACCAAAACACACCACUACGCAGAGCAGAUAUAAAACUAGAACAAUUAAAAUGGACUGGGGGGAGGGACGGGGGAUGGGACUACAGUUGUAGAAAAUCUUACUAAUGGAUGUUAGUAUGACCAACUGUGCAAGUGCUAAUCUGAGAGCUGGCUCUACUAAUGGCCACUUCCCAGGCCCAACUAAUAACUGGGAAAGACCAGACAAGAAGUAGAUUGCUGUACCGUCUGAUCUGUUCCUCUGCACCAAGGCCGCAAUGUGUUUACACAGUUGAUGGGUACCAUUACCAUGAGGAUAGGUGCUAAAGUCCUCUUGUCUCUUGCUCACUUUGCUUCAGUUGUGGCAUCAUGCUCUCAGACAAAUGUUCUGAAUUCAAAAAGGCUGAAAAUAGAAGGUUAAGAAAAGCCCCAAUUUAUUAGUUCAUUUCUUUAGGUCCACUAGUUUCACAGAAUGAAAAAUCCCACCCUGGAUGGGUUUAUAGUCUAAAUAAUGGAUAAGACUGAAAAGUGAGGAUAUACACAGUAAAGCUGUGUGAAUAAUUGAUUUUUUUUAUUUUCUGGCUGAACCAAAAAAAAUUAUAAAGACCAAUUUGGGUUGACCCACAACAAAGAAGUUGGGAGGGUGGCUUAUGGAGGUGUUUGGGGUUUUUUGGUUGAACAAAACAUUUAGUUUCAAAGGUUUUUUUUAACCUUUUAAAAAAUAUUGAAGUAAAAAUCAAAACAAAAAGUUGUUUUAAAUCUAAACAUUUCAUUCAGAAAGUGGUAAAAUUAAACACCUUUACUUCAGAAUUUUUUUACUGUGUGUUUGUGGGUUUGUUUUUUCCCAAAACCAUGCAGCACAUUUGACAUGAAUUCACAAAUUGUUUUGGUCAACCUGAAUAUGUUUAACAAAAAUUUCAGCUGAAAAAUUUGGUCUCACUCUUAUAAGCAGAAAUAGGGCAGGAAGAGUAAUGAAAUGGGAUAGAGAGAUAAAACUGGAUUGUUAGUUAGGCAUGUGUUUGAGUUAAUGGCUCAGUUUUGAGUGUUUGAGCAUAAACCACUCAAGUUUGUAGGAUGUUGCAGAAGUGAGUUCUUGGGAGUGAUGUAGAUGUUUAACAAAACAAUUUUUGGAAGACUAUUCAAAGUAUAAGGCAGCAUAGGAAGAACAGAGAAGGCUGUGCGAAAAAGAAGUCAAAGGCAGUUGGAGGUGGGCAAGGCAAAAGGGGACAUGAAAGAACAGGUUGGUGACAUAGGUGCAAGUUGCAUGAUAUGAGCUUUGCAAGUGAGGACAAGAAGUUUUAAAUUUGCUGCGCACAAAUGGAGCUGUUGUGAUCUAUCAUGUGGAUGGUCCAUAAAGAAUAGAAAUGA